CCCUCCCCUUUUCUUCCAACAAACGCAAAUCGAACUCAAAAGGCAACGAGGCUAGACAAGCACCGACAAAACAAAAGUCUUUGUCAACAAACCCAGGUGGAGACCGAACAGCAUGGCCUAAUGCAUUUUGGUCCAAUCGCUAAUUUACUCCGAAAUAUUUAAAAUUCCCAUUUACCUGCUAAGAAGCGAUCAAGAUGGAUUUGAACAAAGAAAGUUGCAACGAGAGUGCGGAGCAAAAGAAAACAAUUACACAUGAGGAGAGGAUGGAGCUAUGUGCCAAGUUAGACAGUGAGCUUGAUGAAUACAUCUCCAGCUUGGAGAAGAAGUCGUACACGGAAGGAUGGCCCGAGGACAGAUGGCAAGAGGAAAUGGAGAAGCAUCCUUUUUUCAUGACAAAGGUGCCAGAGGAUGGGUCUCUUCCUCCUCUGCUGGAAGGCAUUCAGCAGCUGAAAUACGACCCUGCUGAAAAUACGUCUGAAGAGCUCGCAACAAACUACAAAGAAGACGGAAACUUCAGUUUUAAACACAGCAAAUACAGAAUGGCAAUUUUGAGCUAUACCGAGGGUUUAAAGGCCAAAUCAACUAACAAUACUUUGAAUGCAGAGCUACACAACAACAGGGCAGCAGCACACUUUUUCUUGAAAAACUACAGGUCAUCUCUUAUGGAUUGCAAAAUAGCCAUAAAGCUGCAGCCAAAUUACUUGAAGCCGAUCAUAAGAGCAGCAAAAUGUUGCCUUCAGAUGAAGAAAGAGGAUGAUUGUAUUGCAUUCUGUGAUCAAGGCCUAGAUAUUUCCGGGAAUAACGAGCAGGAGCUGGAUGAGUUGCGGAAGAAAGCAAUUUAUCAAAAAAAAAUCAAAGACAGAGACGAAAGAAAGGCAACCGUGGCCAAGAGGCUCGAAGAACAAUUUUUGGGCAACAUGAAGAAAACGAUAAAAGGGAGGGGUAUAACGGUUAAGGGAUGGAGUGACGGCGAUUUGGACAUUGCAGCUUUGGAGCCUUGUUUUCCUGCCGCUGCUCACUGCCCGGUUGCCCUGGGUGAAGAUGGCCGAUUAACGUGGCCAGUUCUGUUCCUCUACCCCCAUUACGGAAUCACAGAUCUCGUCCAGCAUUUCCACGAAGACACGACUUUCCGAGAGCAGCUAGCAGAGCUUUUCCCUGUUGGAUCUAAAGCCGAGUGGGACACUGACAAUGUUUUCGUCAAUGUCGAUGACAUGAACAUUUAUUUUGAAAGCAAACAAAAAGACGAAUUGGUGCCCGUUUCAAAAGAUUCUACUCUUUUGAAGGUGCUGACAGAUGGCAGGUACGUGGUACACAGUGGAACACCAAGCUUUUUGGUUGUGAUUGCUGGGAGCUCAGCAGAGAACAGGAUAAAAUCUUUGUGAGCAAACUUUUGCCAGCACUGGCGUGCACAAUUUAUACAAGUUUAAAAUUCCAAAAAUUACAAAACUUGUGUUUUAAUUAUUAAUCUUUAUCCUAAGACGUCCUG